AUGUCUUCUUCCACAGAAUUCGACGAGGAUGCUGGCCGCAGAAACUAUAAAGCUCCGUACUCCAAAGACCGACCAAUCCCUACAAUUCAAAGAUAUCGAGAACAUCGCCAUGAGGUCGAGGGGCAGCAAAACAAUGCAGAGGAGGCACAGCACACGAAUGAAGACGAUUCUAGAACGAAGCGCGUCUUCAACUCAGUGAAAGCCAUUGCAAAGGACGAAGAUAAGAAGAACCCGUCGGGUGAUCCGUAUCCCACAGGAAACAGACAUACGACAGACACGGAAGUCAGCGACCACAAACAGCAAGAUGGCAUACCUCUUGUACCAAGAUCAAAUAACGACGGGGCUGCGGACACAUAUGAAGAGAACCAGGAUGAAUCUGGCGAGAAGCACAAGGAUAAGAAGGGUGAUAAGAAGGAUAAAAAGAAGAGCAAAGAAUUGUCUGCGACUGAAAAGGCUUCCGGACAUACAGAUGCAAAGCAGAAAAGGAAGGAGAUGAAGCAUAACAAGCGGGACGAUGGCGGAAGAGAAGUCACGGACCCUGUCACGCAUCUGCCCUUGAUCAUUCGAGAUUCGACGACUAAGGACCUGAAGCGCGCACCUGAAAAUGUGGAAGCGCCUGGGAAUCAGAAAAAGACUGCAACUGGAUUGAGUGGUGCCUCGAAGUCUUCAAGUCAAUUGAACCUGGAAAAGGACGAGCUACAAGACGGAUUCGAUGGCAUGCAAAAGGUCUUUCCGCCACCAUCUUUCAAUGAUACGAAUGCAGAAUUGAUUCGAACGUACCAAUUCGCUUUCAGUGUUGGCAUCGGUGUGGUUGUGCUGCUUGCUUCCUCGGUAGUACUGACUGUUCUGUUCUUGACUUCAGAGUCUGCUCAUCGCAUGUCUGGAAAGGCUUCGACUUUCAGCUGGACAGAAAGACAAGAAGACAGUCCUCGCAGGGUCUUUGUGCCCUUGGCCAUCUCAAUCAUCGUUGCAGUAGGAGGUGGUCUCGCAACAAUCCUUGGAAUACGGGGCUGGCUAGCCAACAAAGUCAAGGAGAUUUGGGAAGAUGAAAUCUGGGAUGCUGCAAGAGAAGACGAGUACAAGCUCAAUAACUCAAGUGGAAAACUUCCAGAGUCAGUGGCAUGGAUGAACAGCCUUCUGAGCUCUGUCUGGCCACUGAUCAACCCCGACUUGUUCACAAGCGUGGUUGAUAUGCUAGAGGAUGUCAUGCAAGCCUCACUGCCAAAAGUGGUAAGAAUGGUCAGUAUUGAUGACAUUGGGCAAGGUAGCGAGGCUAUCCGCAUCCUUGGAAUUAGAUGGUUGCCCACUGGAGCCGCCGGUCAAACCGUGGACGACGAGGGCAACUUGAAGAAAGCAGAUAACGAGGAGAAAAAUGAUCGUACAACUCCUGGCGAGGACCAGCAAGAAAAUGCUGAAGACGAGAAGCCUCCUUCCGAUGAAGAGCGUCAGGUGGCUCAGGAUGAAAAGCAAAAAGAGGAAGACAAGCAGGCAAUUCGCGAGGGAAUGGAAGCCGAGCAGGGAGACUUCGUCAAUAUGGAACUAGCUUUCGCCUACAGAGCCAGAUCAUCCGGCAAAUCAUUGAAGAGUAAGAUGAAAAACGCCCACUUGUAUCUCAAGUUCUACCUACCUGGUGGAAUCUUCGUCCCUGUAUGGGUCGAGCUGCGAGGAAUUAUCGGCACUGUCCGGCUGAGGAUGCAACUCGCACCAGACCCACCAUUCUUCAGCCUCUGCACACUGACAUUCCUCGGUCAGCCGCGAGCCGAUCUCUCUUGUGUCCCUCUGUCGAAACACCUUCCCAAUUUGAUGAACGUGCCUCUAAUCUCAUCAUUCGUUCAAUCCUCCAUCGAUGCUGCUCUUGCGGAGUACGUCGCGCCGAGAAGCUUGACACUGGAUUUAAAGGAUAUGCUUGUCGGAGACGACUUCAAAAAGGACACGGUCAGCCGUGGUGUCAUUUUCAUACUUAUCAAGAAAGCCAGCGGCUUCAAAGAAGGCGAUGGGAGUAUCGGUCCUCUGAAAGGCUCAAGUGACUCGUACGUUACUUGUUCGUGGGCAAAAUUCGGUAAGACAAUGUCAUCCACAAGGGUGAUCAAAGAAGAUCAGGAACCUAGCUGGCAUGAAUGGGCUUACGUGCUUGUUUCGCCACAAGAGAUCGAUGCAGAGGAGAAGCUACGGAUUCAGUUGUGGGACAGCGACAGAUGGACUGCUGAUGAUGAUCUUGGAAGAGUGGAAGUCGAUUUGAAAGAAUUGAUGCACUCUUCAAAGACCAAAAACAGAAUCGCAGAUAGAGAAGACCGACUUAGAGGGCAGGAUCCCGAGGAGCACUACCCCGGAACACUGUCUUGGUCUGUUGGCUAUUUCUCGAAGAUAGCAAUAACGACUGAGCAACUUGACAAGCAGACUGUCGACAAGCAAAUCAAGUCGAAGGAGGAGCUGAAGCAGCAUGUAUCUGAGAUGGCGGAGCGAAAACUUCGGGAAGCUACAGCGCACGACGAAUCUAGAGAAAUCAAUCAGCAGAAAGCCCAGGACUACAAGGAAAAAGAAGACGCGAUGAUUUGUGCGGCUCCGCCGGACCCAGGUCAUCCAAGCGGAAUUCUUUCCAUUCAGAUUCACAAUAUUACCGGCCUUGAAGUGGAAUCUAUGCAGAAAGAGGGCAAAGGACCAGGCGAAGAUAAGGAGAGUGAAGAAGAGGGGGGAACAGAUCUGCCAAGCAGCUAUUGCAGCAUCAUCUUGAACCACAAGAAGAUUUAUGUGACUCGGACGAAACCGAAGAAUGCUAAGCCAUUCUUCAACGCUGGGACCGAGCGAUUCAUCCGUGACUGGAGAACCGCUGAAGUCAUGAUCAGUGUCCGGGACAGCAGAGAGCGUGAAAACGAUGCUCUGCUCGGUAUCAUUUAUCUGCCACUCGACAAAGUAUUCCAGAACCGUGGGCAGCUAAUGGAUCUUUACCCACUUGUGGGCGGAGUUGGGUAUGGACGGGCUCGCAUAUCCAUGGUUUUCAGAAGCGUCGAGUUGCAGCUGCCACAAGAACUACUAGGUUGGGAUGUUGGAACUCUGGAGCUCAAAUCACCCAUCAAGCCCAUCAAUCUUCCAGACGAUAUCAGCUCCCACAGGAUCAAGCUACGUUCCAGUAUCGCUAGAUUGAAAAUGGUGUCCGAAAAUGGUGAAUGGGAAUACAAGCGGUCCAAGAAAUCCAAUUUUCUCGCCUGUACCAAGAGAUACGCUACUUCCCUCGUGGUUGAAUUCCGGAAGUCUCAGAUUGGGACGGACUCGACGGCUGCGUUUGCCGUUUUAUGGCUCAGAGAUAUUCCAGAUGACGAAGAACAAACAGUCAAAGUGACAGUUUGGCAAGGAGGAAAGGAGAACUUCAAGAAGGCCACAACGUGUGCUGACUACGAGGGACUGGACGGCGAGAAGCCGCUUGGGGAGAUCGAAAUAACGCUCAAGUUCUGGCAUGGUCUGUCAGGCUACCACAAGAGUCAUGCGCAGAGCGACAAAAAUGGAGAUAUGCGAAAUGUCAUGGAAGUCCUAGACACUGUCAACGACGAGAUCCAGUCUGAUAGCGAAGAUGAUUCGGACAGCGAUGCUGGCUCGGACUCUUCCGCUGAGGACACGAGCAAGCAUCUCAAAACACACACCAACCAGGACAGUUCCGGUGAGGACACGGACAGUGGCGGUAUCAUCAACAAAGUCAAAGGACGAGCAUCCGAUAUGUUCGGUGAAAACGACUCGAAUGAUGGGAAGAGAGGGGUAAGAGCCCAAAUGAAUGACUACAAAGCUCAUCACAAACAUCUGCAUAAGAAGCAUCGCGGGAUAAUGCAGUGGAAGGCUGCGAGGACAGCGGAUUGGGCAUUGGACAAGGUUCGCAAUGGAAAAAGCAAGGUAAAGGGUGCGUUUGAGCACGAGGAAAAGGGCGGUGAUAUUGAAACUGAGGUUUGA